CGUACGGCGGCUGCAUCAUUAGGCGCGCCUUUGAACCUCCAAUCUUUCUUCUAUGGCUGAGGUUGAAAGGAUUUCGCCAGCGGAUAAUAAGAAAAAGAUGCCUUUCACAGAUGGCCAUGCGGUCCUGUGGUUUCAAUACGUGAGAAAGAAGAGGCGAAAGUGCAGCAGUGGGACUCCUAAGAUGAGCUCGGGAGGCGGAGAGGAGGCAAUCGGAGCCGUCAAUCAUAUGUAGCUACUCUCCCAUUGUUCGGGGCUGAGUUAUGGGCCGUCCGAUGGAUGGAUGAGACGCUUGUGUCCGUGAGUACCACAGCAGCUUGUAUCUAAGGCUGGGACAGGCCCUCUUCUCCUCCACCUCCCUUCUCUUUUUUGUUCGUUCGCAUCAAGUUCCACAGCCAUACUACCUUGGUGUUAUUUGUUCUGCUUUCCUCUCUUCUAGAAUUUGGUUGGUAGGAAGCAUCGUGCAAGAUGUCGCUUAUAGCUGAGGCCUUCGUCUCUAAGCUCUUUGAUGGCCUAGUCGCUUUGGUGAAGGAUGAGGUGGCCAGGCUCUUAGGUGUGACCGACGAGAUCACACGGCUCCAAGAAACUCUUCAAACAAUAAAAGCCAUCCUCACCGAUGCCGAGAGGAAAAAGAUUCAGGGCGAAGCCAUAAAUAACUGGCUCAAGAAGCUCAAGGACGUCAUGUACGACGCUGAUGACAUCCUGGACGAAUGCCGAAUCGAGGCCAGAAAAUCUGAAGUCGCAGCCUCUUUUGGACCUCAACCUUCCUCUUAUUUUUCUGUUGGGAUGCCGGUAUUCAAGAAAAUGAGGUUUACUCACAAGAUUGAUAGCAGAAUCCAAAAACUCAAUCAUAGGCUGGAGGACAUCUUGGCAGAGAAAUCUAAAUUUGAUUUCCAGCUCUCUUCCGCCGGCGGCGAUGACCACCAAUCCACUUCUCAAGUUAGCAGGAUGACUUCUUCCGUACCUGAGCCUGAUAUCGUGGGGUCCAAUAUCGAGAAGGAUACCGACAAACUGGUGGAGUUGCUGAUGAAGGAGGACACUCGGGAAAACAUUCUUGCAUAUGCCAUCGUAGGAAUCGGUGGAAUUGGCAAGACCACUUUUGCUCGGAGGAUUUUUUAUGACGAAAGGAUAAAAGCCAACUUCCCGAUGAGGCUCUGGGUCUGCGUGUCCAAAGAUUUUGAAGAGACCAGUCUACUGAAAGAGAUCAUCACUCAGGCAAAGCAAGAUCCAAGAGACACUUCUAGCAGGGCACAACUCGAGCCUAUGGUUCGAGAGGUUGUCAAAAACAAGAAAUUCUUGCUUGUCUUGGAUGACUUGUGGGAGUCAGAAGUAUGGAAUGACUUACUCCGAAUCCCCUUGCAGAGUGGGGCAACUGGAAGUAGGGUGCUUGUGACCACAAGAAAGGAAAAUGUUGCCUUGCAAAUGAAGGCUGUAUCACCUCAUCAUAAAGUGGAGCUCUUGUCUGCUGAAGAUGGUUGGGUGCUGCUACGCAAGAAGGCGGUUUUGAGCGGGGAGGAGAGAGAGAUCGAAGAUUUAAAGGAUAUCGGAAAGGAGAUUGUUGACAAAUGUGGGGGCCUCCCUCUUGCUAUUAAGACCAUCGGAGGAGUAUUAUCAUCGAAGAGCAAGAACAAGAAAGACUGGGAGAAAGUGCUUAAAACCCUUUCAUGCAAUGCUUGGUCUUCUUGGACCGACUUUCCCGAAGAGGUUCAACCCGCACUAUACUUGAGUUAUGAAGACCUGCCGUCUCAUCUUAAACAGUGCUUUUUAUAUUGCUCGCUGUUCCCUGAGGACCAUAAAUUCUAUCGUCCCAAACUAAUUCGUUACUGGAUCUCUGAAGGGUUCAUCCAUGAAGAAGGAGGUCUAACAUUGGAAGAGUUAGGUGAAGAUUAUUAUGGGGAUCUUGUUCAGAGGAGUUUUUUGCAACCAGUUCAUUGGUGUAAUGAUGAUUCUAGAUGCACCGUGCAUGAUCUACUAUGGUCUCUUGCUCGAUUUUUAGCAGGAGAUGAGAACUUGCAUAUAAAAGAUGGGGUUGAAUUAGUCCUAAAUAGUUCAUCUCCAGUGAAGCGACGUCGCUUAUGGGGGUCUGUUCCAAAAGAAAAACGCCAAACAUUUAUUGAUGCAUUGCAGGGGCACGACUCCUUGAGAACUCUAUUGUUGGAAGGAUCACAGGUGGAAGAGAAUGAGUUCAACGAUCUGAUUAAGAAGACACCGCGUCUGAGAGUACUGGACCUUUUUGGCUGUCGGAUCGAAAAAUUGCCAGACUCCCUGGGAAAUCUCAUACAUCUACGCUAUUUGGAUUUGUCAGGUUUUUUCAUAAGCGAGCUACCAGAGAGCAUAGGAAACCUCGUAAAUCUACAGUUCUUGAUCCUCGAGAGUUCCCUCAAACUACGCAGCCUUCCUAAAGGCAUCGGAAAGUUGCACAACCUGCGGUGUCUUGACCUUUGGAGAGCAGAACUGGAGGGUAUACCUAUUGAAAUUGCAAACUUGCAUCGACUAAACAGACUGAUAAAUUUUGUGGUCCGGAACAACAAUAGCAAUAGUGGCUGGUGUACACUGGAAGAAUUGAGAUCUCUACAAAAGCUUAGAGUGCUCCAUAUCAUGCACCUGGAGAGGGCAUUGAAUGAGGGUGGGGUUACAGAAGUAUAUGCACUGAGAGACAUGUUGCAGCUUGAAGUCCUAGAAUUGCAUUGGCAAAGUCCAGAUGAUUGCGGAGAAGAGGAGAUCAAAAGACUUGAGGAGAUCUUUGAGAUGACGCUCUGCCCACCAUCACCGUCGCGCCUAGAAUCUCUUAAAAUCGAUGGUUUCUUUGGACUCCAUUACCCGAGUUGGAUAGCAUCUUGCACUACGGACUCGCUCCGACGGUUGGACCUCUCACACUGUUGGAUAUGCCCGGAACUUCCACCACUUGGGAAGCUCCCCAACUUGGAAUACCUCUGCAUAGAAGGUGCCGAUGCUGUCAAAAAGAUCGGGACCGAAUUUUUGGGUCAGGAACCUGAUUGUAGCAGAGAUCAAGGAGGCAGGAUACAAAUUUCAUUCCCUAAGUUAACAAAAUUGAUAUUCAAAGAUAUGGACAAUUGGGAGGAAUGGGAAUGGGAGGUGAAGGAUGAUGACACACUGAUAGGCUUUCCAAACUUAGAAGAAUUGACACUUGUUUCGUGUCGGAAGUUGAGGUCUCUUCCUUCUGGCCUCGUUUACCAUGCCACUACCCUAACAAAGUUGGUGAUAUAUUUCUGUGAUAAUCUAAAAGAAAUCAGGGGCCUUUCCUCUGUCAAAGAAUUGGAAAUAUCUUAUAGCCCUAAUCUAGAUUGUGUUUCCGACCUACCAAGCUUGAAAACAUUGAUUUUGGAAGUUGAUGAGACGCGUUUCCUAUCAGAUUGGUUUCGUGGAGGACAACCUGACUUCCCCGCACUCAACGAGCUUGAGAUCGAGGCCAGUGACCAACCACUCUGCGGAUGCCUCAAGGAUGGCUUAGAUUGGCCCAAGAUUGAACAUAUCCCCUACGUAUAUGCCACGAGUGCUUUUGGUGGAUACAUCUCCAAAACACCUUCUACGUUCAGCACCAACUUAGAUGAUUAUGUUGAAGACCUAAAUGAUUCUGUUGAAGAUGAGCAGACGCAUGCGAUACGAGUCCCUCUGCGUUCAGCAUCAACUUAAAUGAUCACGUUGAAGAUGAGUAGACGCACACGAGGUUCUCUCUUCGCUAUGAGAUGGAUUUCCAGAAACUAAUUUGAAGAAUUUGGAGGACAAUGCAAGUGCUCUAUCUUGAUGAUAAGUCUUCUCCGUUUCUGUUAAUACGUAUUUAAUGGUUGUUUCACCAAGUACUACUUUUGUAUGACCAAAAAAAUAUGACUUCUCUAUGUUGGUUAGGAACUUUGGCCAUGAUACUAUCAAUGUGGUGGUAUACUUU